GUUGUGCUGAAAAGAAGAAUUAAGUGGUCUUUCAACUUCAGCCUUUUUAUUGGGAGAGGGAAGAAGAUCACAGAAGUGUUACCAUGGGGAGAACAGCAACUAAAGAUUCAAAGAAUAUUAAAAAAGAGAAAGAUGGAAAGAACCAGCAGGCAAACAACCCACCCCUAAAAAGUGAACAGUUUAAUUGGGAUGAUUAUCUGAAAGAGACUGAAUCAGUAGCUGCCCCUCUGCAUUGUUUCAGACAGUCUAGAGUUCCCCCUAGCAACGAUUUCAAGGUGGGCAUGAAGCUGGAAGCUCGGGACCCUCGCAACGUCACCUCGGUCUGCAUAGCCACAGUCAUUGGGACCUCUGGGGCCAGGCUGCGGCUCAGGCUGGAUGGCAGUGACAACAAAAAUGAUUUUUGGAGGCUGGUGGAUUCCUCAGACAUACAGCCCAUCGGGACCUGUGAAAAGAAAGGGGGCAUGCUCCAGCCCCCCCUGGGGUUCCAGAUGAAUGCCUCUUCUUGGCCAAUGUUUCUGUUAAGAACUCUGAAUGGAGCUGAAAUGGCACCUACAGCAUUCUUCAAGAAGGAACCACCAAAACCUAUGCCAAACUGCUUUAAGGUUGGAAUGAAGCUGGAAGCUAUAGACAGAAAGAACCCAUACAUGAUUUGCCCAGCAACCAUUGGAGAUGUGAAAGGAGAUGAAGUUUUUGUGACAUUUGAUGGCUGGAGAGGAGCAUUUGACUAUUGGUGCAGAUGUGACUCUCGGGAUAUUUUCCCUGUUGGAUGGUGUAGCUUGACAGGAGAUGCAUUACAGCCACCAGGGGACAAUGUUUCCAUUCCAAAGAGCAGUGCCAAAAUCCACUCCUCCCCUUCCAAAGUGACCAGACGUUCCAUGCAGUCUCCACAGAAAGCUGCUCCAGUACCAGCACCACGGGGCAGGAAACCAGGCAGGGGCAAGCCCCUGGGCCAGUCUGCAGCUGCCAAGAAGGGCAGGUCUCCUAAAACUAUCCCGCUGACAAAAAGCAGCUCUCACACUGAAAAUCUUAAAACAAGGAAAAAAAGUUUAAAACCUGGAAAAAAGAAAAAAAUCUUGGCAGAACAACAGACUCCUGCAGCUCCUGCUCCUCAUUCUGCUCCUGAGGGGGACAGUGGCACCACACAGAUACUUAAAGAUGGAAUGAGUUUACCUGGGGCAACUGCAGCAGUUAUAUCCACAGUGUGUGUUUAUGUCAACAAACAUGGAAAUUCUGGGCCACACCUGGAGAAGAAGAAAGUUCAGCAGCUUCCUGAUCACUUUGGCCCAGGUCCUGUCAAUGUGGUCCUUCAGCAGGCUGUGCAGGCCUGUGUGGAUUGUGCCUAUCAAGCCAAAACAGUCUUUGGGUUUCUGAAGUCUGGCCAUCAUGGAGGGGAAAUGAUAACUGCUGCCUUUGAUGGGGAGAAGCACUCCAUCAAUCUCCCCGCCGUGAACAGCGCCUCCUUCGUCCUGCGCUUCUUGGAGAAGCUCUGCCACAGCCUGCAGUGUGAUAACCUCUUCAGCAGCCAACCUUUCAGCCCCUACAUGGGCUGUGCCCACAGCCCCACUGACUAUGACAGGAGCAAACCAGCAAAAGAAGAAAGCCCUGAGAACAGGAGCGCCAAACGCUGCUCUCAGGACUCUCCGCCGUCUCCUGCUCCUCUUUCCCCUAAGCUUCCCCGCAAGGAUGCUCAUCCGUCUGAAGCAGAACCCUUGCCAGGAGAGGAGAACAGCACUUCCAAAGCACUCCCAUUUUCUGAGGACUCUAUGGACUCUGCACUUAGCUCUGUCAAUCCUUCCAGCCCGACCCGACGGAAUUCCAUGGAAUUUCGUGCUGCAGGGAGCACUGCAGGCUACAGGAAUUCCCUGCACUCAGUGACUGCUACCUCAGGCGGGCUCCUGCGCAGGCUCUCCUUGGGCUCUGCUGGCAGCAGUGGCUACUAUGAAGUCAGUAGGAACCGAAUACAGAGGAGGAUUGAAGCUGCAAGUUCCACGACUGGGCCAGAUCUGACUUCACUAAAAAGGGAACCUUCAAGGACCUUGACUAAGGAUCCUUCCACCUGGUCCAUCGAGGAGGUGAUGCGUUUUGUGAAAGAAGCUGAUCCCCAGGCACUGGCUCCACAUGCAGAACUCUUCAGGAGACAUGAGAUUGAUGGGAAGGCACUGCUCUUGCUGAGGAGUGAUAUGAUCAUGAAAUACAUGGGACUGAAGCUUGGGCCUGCCCUCAAGCUGUGCUACCACAUUGAAAGACUGAAACAAGGGAAGUACUGA